UAAAUGUCCUUAUAUAACAUCUUGAGAGCAAUCCAGUAUUGCCCUUGAAUGAAAUUAUACUGCUCUAUUUGCUUUUACAUCAGCCAUUCAGUGAUAUAUACUCCGGGUGCAGAGGCGUUUGGCAGUCGUAGUGUCGAAGAAUCUAUCCGAAAUUAAGAAAUGGACAAAGAAGUACUCGAAGUGGUCCUCAAGAAGUUGGAGAAGGAGUCAAGGAUCGCCACUAUUUUAGAUCUCCAAUCGGUAUCGGCAUUGCCCAAAGGAGAAAACUACACAUCGACCAUCAUAAGGAUAACUUUGAAAGUGGUCUUGGGCAAUGGAAGGCUGGCUAAGAAGUCCUUCAUCAUGAAGCAGUUGAUCACUAAAGGAGGAAGCGGAGAUCUCGUAAAGGAGAUCAAUGCAGCGAAGUUGGAAAGCCAGAUUUAUUCUGUAGUACACAAAGAAAUGACCUAUCUCAUGGAAGAAUUCGAAGACACGGAUGAAACUCUUUGGUGUAAAUUCAUUCACUAUGACCCGCACUUAUCUAAUAUCGUGCUUGAAGACCUAAAGGCAAGUGGUUACAGUUUGGUUCCAAGACAGAAAGGUUUGGAUUUGGACCAUGCCAUCCUCGUUCUCAAUAGUUUAGGAAGGUACCACGGGAUGGCAAAGGUACUCGAACAGAGGGGAAUCAUCUCCAAAGAAAACUACACUCCUUAUGUUUUUUUUACCAACGUAAAAUAUAUCAAAAGCUUCAGUUACGCAAGCAUUUUAAAUCUUUCUAAUGUUAUGCAGAAGUACUGGGGCCCUGAAUGGGAGGAGACUGCAAAGAAACUGAAGACGAUACCAUUCGAUCCAUUUGUUAACAAAAUGCUCAGCAUGGGAUCGGUUAAUACUGAGACCAAUUUUACAGUUCUCAACCACGGCGAUGUCUGGUCUAACAAUAUGAUGUUCAAAUAUGACUUUCAGAACCGACCUAUCGCAAUGAAAUUUUUGGACUACCAAAUACCUCACUAUAGCACACCAUGCAUAGAUGUUACCUAUUUCAUGUACCUCGGUACCCAGCCUGCAGUUCGUCGAAGCAACUACGAACUCCUGGUGAAGACUUACCACGACUCCUUGGUCAGAACUUUGGACAAGUUCGGUUUCACUGGUACCAAGCCAACUCUUGAAGAUAUAACCGAUACAAUGAAGCGACUCGAGUUCUUCGGAUUGUGUUUUUUUGUUGAAGCAUACGCUUCUCUCGUUUGUUCAUCGACAGAAGCUUUUGACAUUGAUAAAAUUCUAUCAACUGAGGGACAAGAAGGGUAUAAUGAAGAAGUUUUAAGAGAGCCUGGAAUGAUUAAAACCUUGGGGCCAGAUAUCAUUGAUUUUGUCGAGAGGCAUAUUAUUGGGCUAAAUUAAGGAAUUAUCAUUAUAUUCAUUCAUUAAUUGGAAAAAUAUAAAAUCAUGUAGUUAUGUGUAUUUAUAAAAAUACAAAUUUUGAUAAAUUAAGCUAGCUAUUAUAUAUAUCAGAGGCCCAAAAAGUUUUUUAUGUCACCAUGUAAUAAUCUUUCAGACGUGAAUGUAAUGAUGUAAUAAUGUGAUGUAAAUGUAAAUUAUAAAAAGUAUUUUAGUGUGUUAAGUAAUUUAUAAAAUGAUAUUUGUAAAUUAUAUCUAGCAUUAAAUGAUUGAUUUAUUUGUUGAUAAUUAAU